GAGAAGAAGAAGCAACUCGCUAUCCAGCCGCCGAUCCAUAGAAAUGGCUCCCAACUUCGGCCGUUCCAUCUCCUUCCCUCUGACCCCGGCGAGGUCAUUCUCAAAGUCAUCCCGCCACCUCCGCUCCAUCAGCCUCCCGGGCACCACCUCCUCACACCCACUCCUCGCCAGCCUCAACGCCCACAUCGUCACCAUCCGCGCCUGGAUCCAGGACACCGCCGCAGCAGGCUCAUCCCUCCCAGCCGGCCUCGCCAACAUCCACGCGCUCCACGCCGCGCUCGCCGACCUCCUCCUCCUCCCAGAGUCCAGGGCCGCGCUUCAGUGCACCACCAGCAAGGCCGCCGACAGCCUCCUAGACGCUUUCCUCCUCCUCGCCGACGCGCACCAGGGCUUCCAGGAGUGCCUCAUUUCGCUCAGUCAUGCGGCGGCCGAGUCCCGUGCUGCGCUCCGCAGGGGCGAAGCCACAAGGCUCGCGUCUGCCGCCAGGUCCCAGCGUCGGGCCGAGAAGGUCCUCGCUCGGCUCGCUGCGUCCAUCUCCGCCGUCUCCUCCAAGUGCGCCCGCCUGAACCUCGUCGGCGAGGAUGCAGAGAUGGCCGGUGCGAUCAUGCAGGCAGCCGCUGCGAGCGCCGCGGCCUCCGCGGCCGUGUUCUCAGCUGCCGCAUCAAUGUCGUACUCGGCAUCCUGUUGCAAGAAGAUGGCCAUAUUUGUUCCCGUGUUCGCCACCAGGAAGGCCGCCGCGCCGGAGACGGCAGAGGCGGCCAUGGAGAGACUGCAUGUGCUAGAGCGGUGCUUCGAUGAGUGCGAUGGCGCCUGCAAUAGGGUGUUCAGGAGCGUCGUGCAGACCAGGGUUUCACUUCUCAACGUCAUGACGCCCACGAUCUAGUCAGCUAGCUACUCAUGUCAUGUGUACAUAUAGAAAAAGAAAAAAGGAAACUUAAUUAGCUAGGCCAUGUGUAUAUAUUUUGCUAAUUUGGCACUGCACAGUGUACAUAUAUACAGAGAAAAAAGAUAGUACAAAGAAUAAGAUUUUGCUACACUUGUUUAGACUUGAAUAGUACUACAUACAAAAGGUAUCUUCGAUUUAAUCGUGUUAUUUACAAGGCUGCCGGUGCAAAGUGAUGAACUGAUUUGUGCUAAUCUGCAACUCAUGCAUAAACUGUUCAUCACUGUGUGGUUUGUUCAAUUUCAUACUCUUUUCAAGUUUGGUACUACCUCCGUCCGAAAUUAGUUGACGCUCAAACGGAUGUAUCAGAAGUAUUAGUAGAUCUUAAGCUGCUAACAAUAAUGAUGAACACUGGGCGAUCUAUGAUGUUGACCGAAUGCUAGAGGAGUUUGACCUGGAGAUAAUCCUCUUGUUCUGUGUCAUGGCAGGUCAUGCCGACAUGCCAGACCAGG